GCCAAAGACAGACACUUCAUUGACAGAGCCACCCAGGCAGCCCUGGAAUGUACUAUUCCUGAAAGCCUUAGGCAUCUGCUAUGGUACAAGUGCCUGGUCUGCGUUUGGUUUCACUUUAGUCCAGCCAGGGUUUCAGAGUCACAACCUAGGAGCAAAGUCAUUUGGGGCCAUACCCAAAGCUGGGCUCCCUCUGGACCACUCCUUUAAUCAUCGCCAUGCCCCUUGAAGGGAUGGCCGUAGUACUUCAGUGGGUUAGCUGGGUCCGGCAGGAAGCAGAAUUCAACUCUGAGACUCUCUAAUGGAGGAACCAGUUGCAGAGACCUGAGCAGGAACAAGGAAACCAGCAAGAUCUCGGGCGCCCUGAGCCUGGGAACAGAGAUAAGCCAUUGCCACCUUGAGGCCUGAAGGGAUGGGGCAACAGAACUACGGUGGAAGCCAGGGGCAUACACUGUAAUCUCUCUCCUCUGCGCACUCUCCUCUCCCUGUCCCCUACUCUCUUCUCUUCUGCUGGCCCCUCCUAUUGGCCAAACUGAAACAGGUCAACCAAGAGCCAGGCUGGAGCCCCGUGGAUGUGGGCCAUGGGGUCAGCCUCCUGCAGAGACAGAAGGGUAGAAUAGAAGGGCAGAAAGAAGAGCGAAUGGAGAAUAGCCAGCACAUUGUCAGUCAGUAGUUUCAUUGACAUCCUUCAGAUUCUUCCGGCAAGGGAGAAGUGGCCUUGGUGACGCUUCUGGGAAGCGCAGAACAAUGGGCCAGAACCGAGGUCACGAGCCCUAGCCAUGUUAUAGAUGUGGGGGGCUGAUUUGGCUAUUCCCCAUAAUCAGAGCAGCAGUGUUCCCUAGCUUGUGCUGAGCGUUGUCCACGUGCAGGGCAAGGUGCUCCACAACAAGGCAUUCUCCACGCACUGUUGCCCACCUUUGUAGCCAGUCCGUUAGGCACAUGCUAUCACGAGCCCCUCUCGGGCAAGGAAAAACGGGUUCAGAGAGUCUCAGGAUCCGGCCUGAGGUUACACAGUUAGCAGCAGAGCUAGGAUUGGACUCAAGUCUGUUUUCCCCUCCCCCCCAAGUGCAGCCUAGGCAGCCUAAGGCGGAAGGGCUGGGGGUGGGUGUCCGAUGUGGUUUCUCGAAGAAGCCUUCAAGGGCUGCUUCCACCAUGGAGCAAUUAAAAAAAAAAAAAAGGAAAAUCUUUAACAUACCAACUCUCUGGACACAGGUUUGCCCGGGAGUUAGAGUAUUGUGUGUUUGACAGAUGAUGAGUUUUGUGCCGGUGCAUACAAAGUAGGCAAGAAGGGAAAAAAAAGAAAAGAAAAGAAAAAGACACCCCUUGGAAUAAUGGGAAUGGGGAACACGGUGCUCGGCACGGUGACCUGCCGUGAUGGAGGUCGCCUUCGAGAUCUUCGGGAAUGACCGGGGGGAGGCUGCUGCUGAUGGACGAGGCCUGCUGGCAGCCCCCGAGAACGGUGUCCCGGCAGCUCUGGGCCCUUGGGAGCUCUGUCCAUCCCUUGUUUCUAGAAGAAAGCCUGCCCCACUGCCCCGCCCCCCCUCCCCAGGGCAGACGGGUGGGUGUGAGGGGGACGGGCGAGAAGUAGGGGUGGGGAGGUAAUGGCAUUACUCUGCACUCCGCGUUGUGCAACAAUGAAAAGUACCCACUCUGUCUUCAGCGCCGGGCGUGUAGUCAAAAAAAUUUAGGAACUUCCCUGGUUUGUUUUCAUCGACAUCCUUCAGAUUCUUCCGGCAAGGGAGAAGUGGCCUUGCUGACACUGCUGGGAAGGUCACCCAGGCGGGGGAGGGGCCCAGAGUUCUUCCGGGGACCUUUCUGACUCUUCCUCAGGCUCUCCCGCAGGGGCAGCCAGAACCCAGUGAAUUUGGGGGCGUGUGUUGCGUUUCUCUUCCAGGUAGAGAAUCUUCUGUUCAUGCUUUAAACUCUAGGUGCCACCAUCGAAAUACCUCUUCCAGCCUGGGGUGCCUGGACAUUUGCCCAGGUAAUCUCCCUAAUUGGAAGCCAAGUCUGUGAGAGGGCCCCCCCCGAACAUCUGCCUAUGCACUUUGGAGAUGCAGGGCCAGGGCUAGGAGGGCGCUGCGGGUAGAGAUGACAGUGGCCCAUGUGUUCGCAGAGUCUCCAGGGCAGAAAAGGGGCAACCAGUUCCCACCCAGGCCUUUGCCAGCCGGUGGGACGAUUCCGUACAGGCUGGAAUUUGAGAUCAGGCUGGAUUUCAGCGUCAAAGCUGGAGCUCUCGAACACUGCCGUCCUGCACCAGAUGAGGCGCGACCAGGUCACAGACACCUGCCGCGCCAACAGCGCCCUGAGCCGCAAGCGGCGGGUGCUGACGCCCAGCGACCUGAAGCACCUGGUGGUGGACGAGGACCACGAGCUCAUCUACUGCUACGUGCCCAAGGUGGCGUGCACCAACUGGAAGCGGCUCAUGAUGGUGCUCAGCGGGCGGGGCAAGUACAGCGACCCCAUGGAGAUCCCGGCCAACGAGGCGCACGUGUCGGCCAACCUCAAGACGCUCAACCAGUACAGCAUCCCCGAGAUCAACCACCGCUUGAAGAGCUACCUGAAGUUCCUGUUCGUGCGCGAGCCCUUCGAGCGCCUGGUGUCGGCCUACCGCAACAAGUUCACGCAGAAGUACAACACGUCCUUCCACAAGCGCUACGGCACCAAGAUCGUCCGUCGGCAGCGCAAGAACGCCACGCAGGAGGCGCUGCGCAGGGGCGACGACGUGCGCUUCGAGGAGUUCGUGGCCUAUCUCAUCGACCCGCACACGCAGCGCGAGGAGCCCUUCAACGAGCACUGGCAGACCGUGCACUCGCUCUGCCACCCGUGCCACAUCCACUACGACCUCGUGGGCAAGUACGAGACGCUGGAGGAGGACUCGAACUACGUCCUGCGGCUGGCAGGCGUGGGCAGCUACCUGAAGUUCCCCACCUAUGCCAAGUCUACGAGAACUACUGACGAAAUGACCACAGAGUUCUUCCAGAACAUCAGCUCGGAGCACCAAACGCAGCUGUACGAAGUCUACAAACUUGAUUUUUUAAUGUUCAAUUACUCAGUGCCAAGCUACCUGAAAUUGGAAUAAAGGGGGUGGGGAGAGGGCGAGGAUCGUGCUUUUUAAUUUAAGAUUUUUAUUUGUCAAAAGAAAUUAUAUGGAUAUUGGGUUAUUUUGUAAAGUAAUAUUUCUUUGGGGAUGAUGCUGCGAGCAGCAUGGUGAGAAUUAUUUAAAAUCCUUAGUAGGGAAGGACGGCUGUCUUUGCAGGGGAAUGGGAUGGGUGUCCUUGUGUGUAGACGUAAAUACCUGCAACACUGUCUCAAAGGUUUCCUUGUGCUCUGGUGAAUUCCAUAAAUUGUGCAUCCCAUAAAUUCUAAUUAAUAUUAUUUAUAGUUAUUUAAACAUGGUCUCUGUAUAGAUUUCUUGCUGUGGCAGCAAGAUUCUAAUGUCUUUGCAGAAGAAAUGUGUUUUUGUUCUGUGCUUGCUACAGCUCAUUCCGGGGCAUGAAUAUUCUCCUCCCUAACCGCUCGUCGAGUUAACUGUGUGGUAACAACCAUUGUGAUGUCUGUCGAUGCCGUGCUUCUUGGAAAUCCGUGAGAAAUAAAUAGAAAGAGGCACCUUUGCAAGGGACUGAUUCCAAACAGAUUCCAAGCAACCCAAGAGUCCCUUGUGCUUUAAAAAAAAAAAAAAGAUUUUUUUUUUUUAACCCAAGGAGAAGAGCUGAUUGUAGUUUCGUUUUUGUUUUUGUUUUCCUUUUUCACCAGAAUUAGCAGUCUGAUAGAAUAGGCUUUUCUACAGCAAUGUUUAACUGGCAGUCCCGGUUGUGAUGGUGAAGUGGCUUUGCUUUACAGUCAACAAGUAUUUAUUGAGCAACUACUAUGUGCCGGGCCGAAUUGUAGGCCCUGCGGACAGAGCAUCGAACAAAACCAGUAGUCUUGGCCCUCAAGAAGCUUUAUGUGGACACAGUAUCCAGCUCAACAAUUAGCAAACCCUCUCAUAUUCAUGGGGUUUGGGCCAUUUUGAACCACCCAAAAGGUCCAUGACCCCUACAAACUUGCAUUUUUCUCUAGCCCAAGUUUGAAAACCACACACUUAGACCACUUAACUUGGUGAGUAAUCCAGGCUCAUCACCCAACACAAGAGAAGACAAAGUGUUUCCCAUCGUGUUGCACACUCUGUCGUUUUGGCGGCAUCUGCCUUUGAGCCCCAGAUUUGCCAGGCACAGCACGCAGGGGGCUGUGACCGAUUAGCAAUGUCCGCUCAGUGGAAGGAAGGGGGUCAUUGGCCAAGUGCCUCUUCCUGACCCGUUAGCCCAGCACCCACGCCUCCGCGUGGAGAAGUUCCCUCUUCUUUGCCAUGUGCGAGAGUGAGGGGCAGUGGCAGGCCUCCUACAUUUGGGAUUUGGAAUGGUCUGGCAUUUCUCCCCUGGUGAAGGUCCGAGGUUGGACCACCCGUACACACGCACGCGCAUACCCCACCCAAGUCCUCCAGAGGCUGAGACCAACAGGAUCUUGGCGAGCACCACACAUGAGCAGCAAGGAAAGCCUUCUACGACUGUAAUCCAUGCCCCCUUUCCUCCGGAAGGUUGGAAACAUUCCACUUCCUGUUCCUUGCUAAUUACCAUCUGCACACGCUUCUCAUUUCCAGCCAUUUCGAUGCCCCGGUUGAAGUUUGAGCCACAUCCCUUUUACAACUAGUGAAUGAGUUGGUAGCGGACCCUGUAUAUAAUAAUUAUUAUAGUUCUAAUAAUAGGGGUGGGGUGGGAUGGGGUGUGGGGAAGUUUUGCUUUUUGUUUCGUUUUUGGUGCAGUAUAUAGCAAAGGGGUGAGACUAUUCUAAACAAACAAAAAUGAAUAAUUUAUUCACAGAAACUAUUAAAAGUGUGUUGUAAAGCUCACAGCCAGCUCUGCAGCAGCUGCCACAUCUCACUGAGAAUGUGAUUUUAUUGAAUGUGAGUGAGGUGUGCACUGGAGAGGGUGGCCAGAGCUUUUUAUAAAAUGUUCUGUACCUUCUUCCAAGCUCUCUCCCCUUUGUGAAGGGCACAGAGAUUGUGCCCUCCACGGACAGAGAUGUACACCGUGGUUGUACUGAAUAGAGUGACAGACCUCAGCUGUCCCUGGAAUUGGGAGUCUGGGCCCUGUUUCCAGACAGGGAACACUGUCCUCAGAAAUAGGGCUUCUGCUAAUGAAACAUUGUCCAGCAUUUCCUGAUAUGUGCGCCACAGAACAAAGGUUCUAGGAGAUGUGAAGUUAGCGUGAUGCAAAAAAAAAAAAAAAGAAAAAAAAGCAUUUUGAGGUCAAAUAUCCUUGGGAAACAAAGUUAAGUCACUUUCCUUUCUAUAGGACUUUUCAGAGCCUUGGAUGUACGCUGUGCGUUAUGAACCCCUAAAGGCAUCAUUGAGUUGGUAACAUUUCCUGAACUUAUGUGACCAGGAUACUCUAUUUUGCAGAUCUCACAGAGAUGUUCCACAGAAUAUACUUUGGUUAGGUCCAUUUAGCAUAUCUGAGGUCGUCAAGGAUAAAACGAAUUCCCUGACCCUUCUCCAGAACAAAACAAUAAAACAGUACCAAUCCAUCCCUAUCUGGCUUAUAACAGAGGUACUUUAUCAAAUGAAUUAAACUUUUACUUAAGUGCAAUGGUUUUAGUCCUGGAUGCUACCCUGGGCAAUGAUUCCAUCCCUCCCGAAGGGAGCAAGGGAUGGUCUUGGGUGGUGUGGACAGAAGAGGGGAGGGGAGGACAUAAGGCCACAGAGUAGUCUCCCUACUCCUCAAGCCUUACGUUGCUCAAUGGACACAGAGGGAGCUCAACCCUUGAGGAGUGCUUCUUCAAUUCCAGAGUUUGGGAUUGUCCACCAUGUGCUUUUGGUUUCCAUUGGAAAUUCCCAUAGAUUUCCCAAGCUCUGUGUUCCCACCACCAUCUUUGUUGGGUCGGGUGAGCUCACCCGUGCAGUGUGCAGAGUACUGCCUUUGAUCUUUCUUCUUUCAAGCGAGAAAGACUGUCCUUCAGGGGACAAGACAUCAGUGUAGUUCUGCAAUGAGGGACUUUCUCUUUGUGUUUUGUUUUGUGUUCACAUUUUAUUUUCUAAUGGCAUAAAAACUUAAAAAAAAAAAAAACCUGAGUCAACUGUUCUGCAGAAUGUAGGAAGUAUUCUGUGUCCUUAGUGUAAAAGAAUCCAUGGGUAAAAAUGUGCCUGGGAAGCAAAAGCUUGUGUGUGGUUUUUUU